ACUUACACACACAGAAAAAGGCAGGGCUUGGGUUUCUCAGCUGACUUUCGAGUUCUCCCUUUGUUCUUCAGCUUGAAGGAGCCUUCUCUACGGCUUUUCCUCGCAAAGCUUACUAUUUCACUUCAGAUUAUUUGUGGCUAAUUCGUUUUAUUCGGCCUACGUCAAGAAAAUUGAUAUCUUGACCAUGUUGAUUACUGAUCCAACAAAGAAGUUAUCUUUUAAUCGUUGCAUCAGUGAUGGAGAUUUGGUUAUUGUUUAUGAGAGGCAUGAUAUUAUGAAGGCUGUUAAAGUGUGUGAGAAUUCAGUGCUUCAGAACCGAUUUGGUGUAUUUAAACAUUCAGAUUGGAUUGGAAAGCCCUUUGGCUCCAAGGUUUUCAGUGACAAGGGUGGGUUUGUUUACUUAUUGGCUCCAACACCUGAGUUAUGGACCCUGGUUCUAAGCCACAGGACUCAGAUUCUCUAUAUUGCUGAUAUUAGCUUUGUGAUCAUGUACUUGGAAAUAGUUCCUGGUUGUUUGGUUCUUGAGUCAGGGACUGGAAGUGGAUCUCUAACAACCUCACUUGCCAGGGCUGUGGCUCCAACAGGACAUGUCUAUACUUUUGAUUUCCACGAACAGAGGGCUGCUUCAGCUAGAGAGGAUUUUGAGAGAACAGGAAUAAGCAGCUUAGUCACUGUGGGAGUUAGAGAUAUACAGGGUGAGGGAUUUCCUGAUGAUUUUGUUGGGAUGGCUGAUUCUGUAUUUCUAGACUUACCUCAACCUUGGCUGGCCAUUCCUUCAGCUGGCAGAAUGUUAAAACAAGAUGGGAUUUUGUGUUCUUUCUCACCAUGCAUUGAACAAGUGCAACGCUCAUGUGAGACCCUAAGAUCGAACUUUACUGAUAUAAGGACAUUUGAGGUAUUGCUCCGAACAUAUGAGGUUCGUGAAUGGAAAACGGAUUGCUCCAAGGUGGAUGAAGGUGGUUCUGUUGGGUUUCCUCCAUGCAAGAGGAGGCAACCUUCAAAUGAACGGAGUGUGCAGGACAAUCCAAGUUCUUUGCAAGUCAUGGCUCGGCCAUCUGCUGAGUCUAGAGGCCACACUGGGUAUUUGACAUUUGCAAGACUUAAGUGCCUCUCGUGAAGAAUGGUCGCACGACCAUCAAGUUCAUACCUAAACACAGCUUUGUGUCCCUUAAUUUGGUUCAUUCCUCACUGACUGUUUCUUUAUCCCCUAUAGCGCAUGUCUAGACAAUGAGACUUUGUAUCAGCACUUUGGAACGCACGAUUAUCUUCAAUGAUAAGGAUUUUUCUAUGAACUAUCUUUUUACCGAGAGGUUCAUAUUUUGUUGCCACAACUUUGAGAUUCAGUAAAAUUAAGGAUAUGAU